ACAGGAGAGAAGCCAUACAAAUGCUAUGAAUGUGGGAAAUGUUUUUCUAUGAAUUCACACUUGGUGAGGCACAAAAGAGUCCACACAGGAGAGAAGCCAUACAAAUGCUAUGAAUGUGGGAAAUGUUUUGCUUCCAGUUCACACUUGGUGAAACACAAAAGAGUCCAUACAGGAGAGAAGCCAUACAAAUGCCAAGAGUGUGGGACAUGUUUUGCUACCAGUUCAGCCUUGGUGACCCACAAAAGAGUCCAUACAGGAGAGAAGCCAUACAAAUGCCAUGAAUGUGGGAAAUGUUUUGCUGUGACUUCAGCCUUGGUGAGCCACAAAAGAGUCCACACAGGAGAGAAGCCAUACAAAUGCUAUGAAUGUGGGAAAUGUUUUACUGACAAUUCAGGCUUGGUGAAACACAAAAGAGUCCAUACAGGAGAGAAGCCAUACAAAUGCCAUGAAUGUGGGAAAUGUUUUUCUAUGAAUUCACACUUGGUGAAACACAAAAGAGUCCAUACAGGAGAGAAGCCAUACAAAUGCUAUGAAUGCGGGAAAUGUUUUGCUGUGAUUUCAGCCUUGGUGAGCCACAAAAGAGUCCACACAGGAGAGAAGCCAUACAAAUGCUAUGAAUGUGGGAAAUGUUUUGCUGAGACUUCAGCCUUGGUGAGCCACACAAGAGUCCAUACAGGAGAGAAGCCAUACAAAUGCUAUGAAUGUGGGAAAUGUUUUUCUAUGAAUUCACACUUGGUGAGGCACAAAAGAGUCCACACAGGAGAGAAGCCAUACAAAUGCUAUGAAUGUGAGAAAUGUUUUGCUUCCAGUUCACACUUGGUGAGGCACAAAAGAGUCCACACAGGAGAGAAGCCAUACAAAUGCUAUGAAUGUGGGAAAUGUUUUGCUUACAGUUCACACUUGGUGACCCACAAAAGAGUCCAUACAGGAGAGGAGCCACACCAAUGCCAAGAGUGUGGGACAUGUUUUGCAGACAGUUCUGCCUUAGUGAGACACAAAAGACUCCAUACAGGAGAGAAGCCAUACAAAUGCUAUGAAUGUGGGAAAUGUUUUGCUGAGACUUCAGCCUUGGUGAGCCACACAAGAGUCCAUACAGGAGAGAAGCCAUACAAAUGCUAUGAAUGUGGGAAAUGUUUUUCUAUGAAUUCACACUUGGUGAGGCACAAAAGAGUCCACACAGGAGAGAAGCCAUACAAAUGCUAUGAAUGUGGGAAAUGUUUUGCUUCCAGUUCACACUUGGUGAAACACAAAAGAGUCCAUACAGGAGAGAAGCCAUACAAAUGCCAAGAGUGUGGGACAUGUUUUGCUACCAGUUCAGCCUUGGUGACCCACAAAAGAGUCCAUACAGGAGAGAAGCCAUACAAAUGCCAUGAAUGUGGGAAAUGUUUUGCUGUGACUUCAGCCUUGGUGAGCCACAAAAGAGUCCACACAGGAGAGAAGCCAUACAAAUGCUAUGAAUGUGGGAAAUGUUUUGCUUCCAGUUCACACUUGGUGAAACACAAAAGAGUCCAUACAGGAGAGAAGCCAUACAAAUGCCAAGAGUGUGGGACAUGUUUUGCUACCAGUUCAGCCUUGGUGACCCACAAAAGAGUCCAUACAGGAGAGAAGCCAUACAAAUGCCAUGAAUGUGGGAAAUGUUUUGCUGUGACUUCAGCCUUGGUGAGCCACAAAAGAGUCCACACAGGAGAGAAGCCAUACAAAUGCUAUGAAUGUGGGAAAUGUUUUGCUGAGACUUCAGCCUUGGUGAGCCACACAAGAGUCCAUACAGGAGAGAAGCCAUACAAAUGCUAUGAAUGUGGGAAAUGUUUUUCUAUGAAUUCACACUUGGUGAGGCACAAAAGAGUCCACACAGGAGAGAAGCCAUACAAAUGCUAUGAAUGUGGGAAAUGUUUUGCUGUGAUUUCAGCCUUGGUGAGCCACAAAAGAGUCCACACAGGAGAGAAGCCAUACAAAUGCUAUGAAUGUGGGAAAUGUUUUGCUGAGACUUCAGCCUUGGUGAGCCACACAAGAGUCCAUACAGGAGAGAAGCCAUACAAAUGCUAUGAAUGUGGGAAAUGUUUUUCUAUGAAUUCACACUUGGUGAGGCACAAAAGAGUCCACACAGGAGAGAAGCCAUACAAAUGCUAUGAAUGUGGGAAAUGUUUUGCUGAGACUUCAGCCUUGGUGAGCCACACAAGAGUCCAUACAGGAGAGAAGCCAUACAAAUGCUAUGAAUGUGGGAAAUGUUUUGCUUACAGUUCACACUUGGUGACCCACAAAAGAGUCCAUACAGGAGAGGAGCCACACCAAUGCCAAGAGUGUGGGACAUGUUUUGCAGACAGUUCUGCCUUAGUGAGACACAAAAGACUCCAUACAGGAGAGAAGCCAUACAAAUGCUAUGAAUGUGGGAAAUGUUUUGCUGAGACUUCAGCCUUGGUGAGCCACACAAGAGUCCAUACAGGAGAGAAGCCAUACAAAUGCUAUGAAUGUGGGAAAUGUUUUUCUAUGAAUUCACACUUGGUGAGGCACAAAAGAGUCCACACAGGAGAGAAGCCAUACAAAUGCUAUGAAUGUGGGAAAUGUUUUGCUUCCAGUUCACACUUGGUGAAACACAAAAGAGUCCAUACAGGAGAGAAGCCAUACAAAUGCCAAGAGUGUGGGACAUGUUUUGCUACCAGUUCAGCCUUGGUGACCCACAAAAGAGUCCAUACAGGAGAGAAGCCAUACAAAUGCCAUGAAUGUGGGAAAUGUUUUGCUGUGACUUCAGCCUUGGUGAGCCACAAAAGAGUCCACACAGGAGAGAAGCCAUACAAAUGCUAUGAAUGUGGGAAAUGUUUUACUGACAAUUCAGGCUUGGUGAAACACAAAAGAGUCCAUACAGGAGAGAAGCCAUACAAAUGCCAUGAAUGUGGGAAAUGUUUUUCUAUGAAUUCACACUUGGUGAAACACAAAAGAGUCCAUACAGGAGAGAAGCCAUACAAAUGCUAUGAAUGCGGGAAAUGUUUUGCUGUGAUUUCAGCCUUGGUGAGCCACAAAAGAGUUCACACAGGAGAGAAGCCAUAGAAAUGCCAUGAAUGUGGGAAAUGUUUUGCUUUCAGUUCAGCCUUGGUGAGCCACAAAAGAGUCCACACAGGAGAGAAGCCAUACAAAUGCUAUGAAUGUGGGAAAUGUUUUGCUUACAGUUCAUACUUGGUGAGGCACAAUAGACUCCAUACAGAAGAGAAGCCAUACAAAUGCCA